AUGAAAGCAAUGAUUAUCAUUUUUAUUUUUACAGGAUUAUUAUACUUCUCAGCACAAGCAUUGAAUUGUGAUGAUAAUCCUUGUGAACUAGGUGGUUAUUUUAUACAAAAUCGAGGAUAUCAAUGUUUACAAGUGAAUACAGUAGUAUUUUGUACAUGUCCAAAUGGUCAAUUAGAAGUUGAUCGACCAUGCCGUAUUUGCAAUCGAACAAAUCCUGCAAAUAAUCCAUGUAUUAUUUCUUCAAAUUUUCUUGCUUGUCUCGAAACAGAUGAUUAUGGUACAACAUUUGCAUGUUUAUGCAUGGGACCAUUGGGACCUGCGGUGACAACAUCAGCUAAUUGUGAUUUAUCAAUUACAUUAACAAGUACUGCGAUAAUAACAUCUACCAGUACUACUACUGUUGCACCUGUUACAUUAUCAACAUGUUUUAAUGGAGGCUAUUUUAUUGAUAAUGAUUGUCAUUGUCCUAGUGGCUUUGGUGGAAUAUAUUGUGAACAAAGUUUUGAAUCUCAAUUAUGUGAAAGAAUUGUUUGUCAAAAUAGAGGAGUUUGUGCAAUUCGAAAUCUAAAUGGACCAUAUGAAUCUAUUUGUUUUUGUCGAUAUGGUACUUCAGGUGAUUAUUGUGAAUUAAAUGGAACAUUGGGUUUUUGUACACCUAAUUUAUGUAUGAAUGAUGCUCCUUGUCAAGAAACUCUUAUUGGAUCAACACGUCAUGCAUAUUGUAAUUGUCUACCAGGUUAUAAUGGAACCAAAUGUGAGAAUCAAUAUUUUAACUGUACUUUCAAUGGAAUAUUUCUUGAUAAUUUUAUGAGUGAUCAAGGCAAAUAUUUUGAAUGUACACAAUCAAAUGAUUCCUUUCAAUUAGAAAGAAAAUCAUGUCCAAAAGGUCUUCGUUUUAAUACAGACAAGACUACUUGUACUCUUUGGUGA